AAUUACAAAAUAAUAUUCAAAAUCAAGCAGUAUAUGGUUUUUACCAAAGAACUUUUGAGCCUAAACUUUAUAAUCUAAAAAAUAACAAUAAAUUUGAAGAAGAGUUAAAAAAUAAUAAUAGAUUAGGAAAUGUCAAUAAACUUAAGAAUGGGUUGGACUGUGAUGAUGAAUGCAAAGGUGUUAAUGAAUUUGAAAAUAGAUUAGACUGUAAUAAUAAAUUCAAAGUUGUUAAUAAAUUUAAUAAUAAGUUAAACUAUGGUGAUGAAUUUGAGAAUGGAAUGAAAUACGAUGAAUUUGAAGAUAUUAAUAAAUCUAAGAAUGGUUCAGAAAUUAAUGAAUUUGAGGAUUAG